GGUAGCGCUGGUGGUUGAAAGGCGAGUGGAGGGCAUCAAUCGCUUUCGCUCAGGGCGAGAGGGGAUUAAGGCAAGGGACAUUUUCAAGAAGUAUCCCAAGGACAAAGCGGAGAAACUGAUCUCUUUACUCAAGCAAAAGAAGAUGUGGUACUGGGGCGAAGACUUCCCGGGGGACGACGAGGAGAUCUACUAUUAUUGCGGGCGUGCUAAGCGCAUCGAACAUGAAGAUAUCACCGCGGAGCAAAUGAAGUUGGUGGGGAAGACCAACCCGGAUCACGCUACCCUUACUGCCCUGACUGACGAGAACGGCCCUCUCCAUCAGGGCGCACUUCCUGGUGUAGACGCUGCCGACGCCGAUGGUGAGAAGUCCUUGUGGGAGACAGAAGAUGGCGCUUUCCCUCAAGCACGUGGAUUAUGGGGUGAGCUCAAUGCCCAGCUGAUGACCUUUUCGAGCAAGACUGAAUCCCUGUACCAUGACCUUCAAGAGCUCAUGAACCAAAAGGUUCUGAGCGAACCCAAGAUCAAGGGCUUGCUCGGUCAGUGCAAGGAACAGCUCAAUUGGUAUGAGAAGGCUAAGGCAGCUGGGAGGGCUAUGCUUUCUGGAUUGACGGACAAGAAGAGGGGCAAGGCUAAGGCAAAAGCGAAAGCUUCUGCCAGGAGUGGUGACAAGAAAACCACCGCUUCUUCUGCGUAG